UGGGCGAUUUCGUCUUGUAGUAUCAUAACAAACGGGGAGGUCUUCAAGGAGUGCAGGUCCCUCGUUGAUUACAAAUCUUAUUACGACGAAUGUCUGUCGGCAGCUUGCAGCUGUGAGACAGGCGGUGACUGUGCGUGUUUAUGUACGAUCGUCGAAAGCUUCGCCGUGGCCUGCAACAAGCAGGGCUCCUGCCCCAAAUGGAGGAGCAACUAUUUCUGCCGUCAGUUUAUUGCAUUUUUUGAAGAAAUCUGCAUAAAUUUCAAUUUAAUUCUAAAUUUUUUGAAAAAAUUAGCAUAA